GCGAUCAUCUCGCCACCCCCGGCCCUAAACCAGUAGCGCGUACUUGGUUGUUCGACGGCCUUCUGGUCGGCGGGCUGCUCGGCUCGGCGCGGCUCGGCUUGCUCCUGGUCGCGACCGACGGCUCGGCCGUCAUCGCCAAGGUCGAGCAGGUCCUGCUGUUGUCGCCAUUGCACCGAGCUGAACAUCCUGUAACACUCUGGUUCCUAGUGAGCGGGGGUAAGGGGGAGAGAGAGAGAGAGAGAGAGAGAGAGAGAGAGAGAGAGAGAGGACAUAGAACUGAAGUGCGAAGGCAGGGAAGGGAAAACGGCAAUCGAGAGUGCAGUCAGGAGCAGAAGGAAUCAGCAGAAGGAAGGCAGCCAUCAUGUGCGGAAUUCUCGCCGUUCUCGGCUGUGCCGACAUGUCGGCGGCCACUCGGCGUCGAAUCCUACAACUCUCAAGACGGCUGCGACAUCGGGGUCCGGACUGGAGUGGGCUUCAUCAGACUGGCAGCAACUACCUGGCCCACGAGCGGCUGGCGAUCGUCGAUCCCGCGUCGGGAGAUCAGCCUCUCUACAACGAGGACAAAUCCAUCGCCGUCACUGUCAAUGGGGAGAUAUACAACCAUGAGCAGCUGAGGAAGCAGUUUAAGGAGGACCACAAGUUUCACACGGCUAGUGACUGUGAAGUCAUUGCUCAUCUGUAUGAGGAGGCUGGGGAAGAUGCUGUUGCAAAGCUGGAUGGGAUGUUCUCGUUUGUUCUAUAUGAUUCCCGGACGGGGAACUUCAUUGCUGCUCGUGAUCCGAUUGGCAUCACGCCAAUGUACCUUGGAUGGGGCCGAGAUGGUUCUGUGUGGUUCGCUUCCGAAAUGAAGGCCCUCAAGGAUGAUUGUGAGCGGUUCGAGGUGUUUCCCCCAGGGCACAUCUUCUCAAGUGUUGAAGGAGGCUUACGCAGGUACUACAGCCCCCCUUGGUUCAACGAAAGCAUCAUUCCUACAGCUCCGCUUGAUCUCUCGGAGCUGCGGUUGGCAUUCACAAGGGCUGUUAUCAAGCGGCUUAUGACGGAUGUGCCGUUCGGUGUGCUCCUUUCUGGUGGAUUGGAUUCCUCCUUAGUCUCAGCAGUUGCUGCCCGCCAUAUCAAGGAAUCAAACGUCGGUGACAAGUGGGGUCAUCAGCUGCACUCCUUUUCAAUCGGGCUGAAGGGAUCUCCAGAUUUAAAAGCGGCAAGGGAGGUAUCGGAGUACAUCGGAACGCUGCACUACGAAUUGCAUUUCACCAUUCAGGAGGGUAUAGAUGCAUUAUCUGAUGUGAUAUACCACAUUGAGACCUACGAUCUCACCACGGUCCGAGCCAGCACCCCAAUGUUCUUGAUGGCGAGGAAAAUCAAGGCUCUGGGCGUAAAGAUGGUCCUGUCCGGCGAAGGAGCGGAUGAGAUAUUUGGCGGGUACCUGUAUUUCCACAAGGCCCCAAAUAAGGAGGAGUUCCACAGAGAGACACUGCGGAAGAUUAAACUGCUUCACCUGUAUGAUUGCCUCAGAGCAAACAAGGCGACAUCUGCUUGGGGACUGGAAGUCCGUGUGCCCUUCCUUGACAGGGACUUCAUGAAUGUGGCGAUGAGCUUUGACCCUGCAGAAAAGAUGAUCAACAGAGCUGAGGGAAGGAUUGAGAAGUUUGCGAUGCGGAAAGCGUUUGAUGACAAGGAGAAACCGUACCUCCCACAGCAUAUUUUGUACAGACAGAAAGAACAGUUCAGUGAUGGUGUUGGUUACAGCUGGAUCGACAGUCUGAAGAGGCAUGCCGAAGAACAGGUCACUGACAGAAUGAUGGCAAAUGCAAAACAUGUUUUCCCUGAAAACACGCCGCCGACAAAAGAGGGAUACCUGUAUCGCAUGAUUUUUGAAAACCAUUUCCCACAAUCUUCAUCUCGCUCAACUGUUCCUGGUGGUCCAAGUGUGGCUUGCAGCACAGCAGCUGCAAUCGCUUGGGACGAGUCCUUCAAGAACAAUCUCGACCCGUCAGGACGUGCUGUGGGUGUACAUGAUGAUGCAUACUAGGGACCAAUAUCCCCCUCGUUAUGAUUAUGAUGGGAGCAGUGCACAACAGUUGCCUUCAAAUCACGUUUGGAGUCCCGGAAUGUGAUGGAGGACACGUGGCAGCAUGUGCAUUCCCCACUUCGAAGUUAUUCUCAAAGUCUUGUAUGUGUGUGUGUGUGUGUGUGUGUGUGUGUGAGAGAGAGAGAGAGAGAGACAGACAGAGAGACAGAAGCAGUGGGUCAGGGGAAGGUGUGGUGAUGGAGAGAGAGAGAGAGAGAGAGGGAGAGAGAGAGAGAGAGAAGGUACCUUGCAUACGAUAUACACAGUGUGGGUCACAUCGAGACCACCUGCCACCCCGUUUUCCUGAGGGGGGGGAGGACUGAAGUGGAUCACCAUCUUACACUUGGCAAGGGUAAGGGUCGAGUUAGCAGAGCGGUCCGUAUUGCUUCAAAGUUGGUAGGUCGAGGUAAAAAAAGGACAGGAGCAGGAGAGAUUCCAUGAAGUCAUCUCUUUGACUGCAUAUGAGGCGCACGUUGAAAAAAAAAAUUGCUGUGUACGAGGCUGCCUGUAUUUCGACUCAGGGUCUUAGGAAUAACCUCAUGCUGCUGGAGUUUUUUGUGCAGCUGUUUCUCAUUUUACUGGCAUGCGUUCUUACCAGCAAGCCAUUGCCUGAUUUCUCCCCAUGGCUUCCGUUUUUUUUUUUGCUGAAUAUUUUAGUAUUGUAGUACUGUAUUUUGCUAUUUAUGAGGCUGUGACCACUCUUCGGUACCUGGUUUCGUGCGGAGAUCUGUGCGAAACACAUCUAUGUUUGUCCUCAGCAUGGUAUACGAUUGCAAUACCUCAGGAGGAAAAUACCGCAUCUCAGUGAGUCGACAAGUCAGAGGACAACCCUAACAGUAAUAUACACAUGUCGGUGAGUCGUCAAGUCACAGGACAACCGUCGCAGUACAACAACCAAAGAAGGCAAAAGGAGCGACGCAAAGGAGCCGAGGCAAAUGGCAGCAGAGCAAAAGCAGCAAGGCAAAAAGCGGCAAGGCGAAAGGCAAAUGGUACCUACUUGACCCCAUGAUGCAGCACGGGUCCACAGGGGAGACAAGACAGCACAGCCAAAGGCAGUAAGGGGAUACCAAGCGGCAGCAAGGCGAGAGUCUUUGUGUGUGUGUGUGUGUGUGUGUGUGUGUGUGUGUGAGAGAGAGCGAGAGAGAGGUGUGUGUGUGAGAGAGAGAGAGAGGUGUGUGUGUGUGAGAGAGAGAGGUGUGUGUGUGUGAGAGAGAGAGAGAUGUGUGUGUGUGUGAGAGAGAGAGACACAAAGAGAGAGAGAGAGAGAGAGAGAGAGAGAGAGAGAGAGAACCGAAGAGAGAGGGCUAGCCAUAGAGUGUGUGGGCUUUCCUGGUAGACCAGAGCGGCAAAGUGAAGUGUACCAGUUGGUAUGGGCCAAGGCAGCCUCAGAGUUCGAUCACAGGAACUUUUUUUUGUCUAAGGCCAAGCCUGUUGGCUAGUUCUACAAGCAUGUUGAAGUAACAGAAAUGUUGGACAUGUGCUUCCAUUCUGCCCACAGGCAACAGCAUACCACUGGUCUACCAUCUUCUCCUGAUCACAACGCACCCUCAGUAUGAAUGUAUACAAGCCUUCUUUCGGGCUAUGUUGAGGCUGUGUUUGUACUUGGGGAAGAUGCUAGCCUGAUUUUGCAAUUACAACAGCACUCCCUCUCUCUCUCUCUCUCUCUCUCUCUCUCUCUCUCUCUCUCUCUCUCUCUCUCUCUCUCUCUCUCUCNGAAGUCACAUUCCCCGCUGACAUCGGAGCAAAAGAUCGCUCAUACUAAAGCUAUCUAUCUACUUAAUGAAAAUCCACUUACAUA